AUGAAUCGUCCUCGGCGAGCCGCUGCUAGAAAACCAGAGGGUUACUAUUCCCCCUCCUCUUCCAUAGGAAAGGGAAAGGCCCGUUCCACUGGAAAGGUCCAGAAACAACGCGCAAAGAAAGGUCAGACCGAGCAAGAUGAAAGGGGCUUGAAUCUCCCUGCUCCUUCCCCUGCUCCUAUCAUUACGCCUGCACCUUUGGAUCCGGCCGCACUUGAAUUAGAUUUGCAAAAAUCCUAUGAAGGCCAGAUUCAACCGCCGUCGCUGCCAAAACGGCAAACAAGAUGGCGACAGCCGGCAACGAAUCCGAUUGUCGACCUCGCGGAUGUGCCACAAGGGUGGAAUUCCAAUGAACCCGAUCUUGAUCCUGAUGACUUGAUAUCUCAGAUUUCAAGGUGCCGUGAACGGAUUGGUGAUAAUAUCAUGAGCCAGAUGUUUCAAUUCAAGCUGGAUGGCUUAUUGAAAGAAAAGAAACGUCGCGAUGCGAUGAUGGCCUUGGAGCCGGUUGGCUUGAGUUGGCCUGUCGUCCAGCGCCUGGACACCCUUAAGAAGAUGUUGGAAUGGCUUCACAGCGAGAAUGACGAGUACGACCUAGUUGGAAAUGUGACAAACAUCAUGGCAGCGUACAGGUCAGGCCAAUUGAGAUGGAAUCCAGGCCUGGUUACCUACUGGUCUAAAGGCGUCCAACUCUGCCAGCCGAGGCCUUUCAGGUGGGAUGAAUUUGAUUUCAUCAAUGCUAAACAUGAAGGUCACACAGGCUUUUCGGUAGAAGGGCUUGAAGGACCAGGACCAAGCCCCCAAAUGAUGACACUAUAUAUAGCUACGCCAAUGCCUCAAUGUACAGGAAAAGGUAUUACUUAUAUGUUCAUUUCCGUGAAACCCCAAGAUAAGCCUACAGGUCCAGCUAAGCCCCUUGAAUGGAUGUUCCUGGAUGAUACUGGGUCUAGUAUCAUGACGGUCAAUAAAAGCAACAUCAACGACCUCAUGAAUUUCAAUGCCGAUGCCGCUGGAAAUAUCCCCUCUCCUCCACCAAUGUUAGGUGCCAUCUGCUUGGCAAUCGCUAAUGGAACAACCACUUUCAAUAUCUGCAGGCGACUUGAGGUUAACCUGCGGGGUCUCAUCGCCAGUGGCUACAUGUCCCCCAUAUGGCAUCCGGUCCAAGCCGCCAUUCACAAUGACGACAACGGUACAACGACACAGCUAUUGAGUGGUCCAUGGCUACGGCACAGGCUGUAUUCAGCGUCAGCUCCGGAUGGCUCUAGUAUGACCUAUUUUAGCGAAACGCACCCAACUUUGAUGGGUGUGCCGUGGUCAAAUGCGCUGGAUAUGAACAGAGUGUUACCAGACCUUCAACUAUAUCCAGCACCAGCAGGAGCAAGGCCCUGA